AUGCGUCUCUCCUGGGGCGCAUCUGUUGCAGCCCUGGCAGCAUCGGCAAGCGCUGCUUCGCUUGCUGAUGUCUGUACCGUCUCGAAUGUGCGGUCUGCCCUACCCUCCAAUGGCACUCUGCUGGGUAUCAGCAUGAUCCCCUCCGCUGUGACUGCCAGUGCUGUCUACAAUGCCAGCGCUGGUAUGGGGAGCACCGAGACCUACACCUACUGCAAUGUGACCGUCACCUACGAGCACACCGGUAAGGGGGACUCCGUCGUGAUCAAGUAUGCCUUCCCCAAGCCCUCUGACUUCAAGAAGCGCUUCUAUGUCGCCGGCGGUGGUGGUUUCUCUCUGUCCAGCGAUGCAACCGGUGGUCUCGAGUACGGUGCUGUCAGUGGUGCCACCAGCGCAGGCUAUGAUGCCUUCAACUACAGCUACGACGACGUGGUCCUCUACGGUAACGGAACCAUCAACUGGGAUGCAACCUACAUGUUCGGGUACCAAGCUCUAGGUGAAAUGACCAAGAUCGGAAAGGUUCUUACCAAGGGCUUCUACGGCAUGUCUUCUUCUGCCAAGGUCUACACCUACUACGAAGGCUGCUCUGAUGGUGGUCGCGAGGGUAUGAGCCAAAUCCAGCGCUACGGAGAGGAGUACGACGGAGCGAUUACCGGAGCCCCGGCCUUCCGUUUCGGCCAACAACAAGUCCACCACGUCUUCCCAGCCAUGGCCGAGCAGACCCUCGACUACUACCCCCCUCCCUGCGAGCUGGCCAAGAUAGUCAACGCCACCAUCACCGCCUGCGAUCCCCUCGACGGCCGAACCGACGGCGUCAUCUCCCGCACCGACCUCUGCAAGCUGAACUUCAACCUAAGCUCUAUCAUCGGCGAAAAAUACUACUGCGCAGCAGAAACCAGCACCUCCCUAGGCUUCGGCUUCAGCAAGCGCGCCGACGGCUCCACCACCUCCACCACACCCGAACAGAGCGGCAAAGUCACCGCCGAGGGCGUGAAAGUCGCGCAAACCAUCUACGACGGUCUCCACAACUCAAAGGGUGAGCGCGCCUACCUAUCCUGGCAAAUCGGCUCUGAGCUCAGCGACGGCGACACGACCUGGAACAACGAAACCAGCAAAUGGGAACUCAGCAUCCCCUCGACGGGCGGCGAGUACGUGACCAAGUUCAUCCAGCUCCUCGAUCUCUCCAACCUCUCCGACCUCAACAACGUCACCUACGACACUCUUGUCGAGUGGAUGAACACCGGAAUGGUCCGCUACAUGGACAGUCUGCAAACCACCCUGCCCGAUCUAACCCCGUUCCAAUCCUCCGGCGGAAAACUGCUGCACUACCACGGUGAAUCCGACCCCAGUAUCCCCGCUGCGUCGUCCGUGCAUUACUGGCAGUCUGUCCGCUCGAUCAUGUACCCGGGUUUGUCUUCGCAGGAGAGUCUUAAAGAACUCGCCGAGUGGUACCAGUUCUACCUCAUCCCUGGUGCUGCGCACUGCGGUACAAAUUCCCUCCAGCCUGGUCCGUACCCGGAGGAUAAUAUGCAGACUAUGAUCAACUGGGUGGAGAAUGGUGUUCAGCCUUCUCGUUUGAAUGCCACUGUUUCGUCUGGUACUUAUAAGGGUGAGACACAGAUGCUUUGCCAGUGGCCUACUCGUCCGGUCUGGAAGAGUAACAGCACCUUCACGUGUGUUAAUGAUAAGGCUUCCAUUGACAGCUGGACUUACUCUUUUCCUGCUUUCAAGGUGCCUGUGUACUAG